AUGUCCUGGUCCAAAUCGGUAGGGCGUCGAACAGGCGUCCAGCCGUACACUUUACAAGCGGACCUGGCCAUGGCCGAUCGGAGCAACGCAAAUCGCAUUAUGAACCUGUCCUGUCAGGAAAAGGAGCGUCUGUGGGAGGAAAAGACGGAGAGGCUGCGCGAGGAGGAGCGGAGAAAGGCCGAAGAGGAGAAGAGGCAACGGGCUGAGCAAGAGCGACAGUGGCAGCUGGCAGAGCAGAAGCGCCUCAAGGAAGAUCGGGAGGCCGAGGCUCCUAUUGCCGGUCCUUCUAGGGAUAGUCCUCUUGACAUUCGGACGUGA